GAGACAGACGAGAAACGGAGCAAGCAACAGAAACUGCUGAGCUCAAAAUCAUCACCAGGUACUUGAAACAGACCACGAAGAUGUCGUCUUCUCCACUCCGUCUCGCUCUUGCCCUCAUGUGCCUGGUCUCAGCCGUCGGUGUCAUAUCAUGUGGCCGGCCUCAUGUGGUUUUGAAUUCGGCUCUGGAAGAGGCUCGCAACGUCCUGCUUGGAGAAGAGGUACCAGAGAGACUCACUCUUCCUGAGCUCCAGUGGAUGCUCAGUAACAACGAGCUCGCACCUGUUCAGGUGGAAGAAGCCCCUCGCAGCAGGAUGGAGCUCGUCAGGAGAGACAGCACUGUGACGACCAAACCACUCAACUGCAUGAACUACUUCUGGAAGUCCAGGACAGCAUGCUGAGCUCAUUUAGACCCACAAGCCGGAGGCACCAUUUAGACCAUUAAUAUGCUGCGAAUCACUCACUGUUUCCCUCCCCUUCAGCAUACACCUCUGAGGCAGGCUGACUUGCUCGGUCUCUGGCUUCGAGCACAGCAGAGCCUCUGUUAAUUAUUUUAAUUUUAGCAGCUGUAGGAAUUGUAGAACAUGUUCCAAUAUUGGGUGCCAAUUUUAUCCUUCUCUGAAGCAUAAACUGCUUGAAAUAAACAAUACAGCAUCAACAA